GUUGGGGGCAGAGUUGGGCCGAGAUUUACAAGACGCGAAAAAAGCUCGUGACCAAAAGACAAAACCUGCCAGUGUUUGUGUUGCACUUCUGGUGGACUCUGCAGAACUGGGUCUCCUCUUACCACCGGUCCACUCAGAGCCGGAGGAAGAGGUCCCGCACACUCCGGAGACAGACAGCCCCAGCCUGACGGACUCGGACAUUUCCCCGACUCAUCAGUCCGUGGACGUGGUUCUGGAGGACAGCGGCUUGGAAAACGGCGUCUCCUCCAUCAACACGACUGUCGCCGAGUUUGAUCAGAACGGACAAGAGGAGAUGGUGGAGGAGGCGUGCGAGGCUGUGGAGGAGGGACCGGAGGGGGACGGGCUGUCAGCUCAGGAGGACACCGCUGUCCUCUCACCACCGCUGACACCUGGACACUCCCCCGUCCUCUCCCGGGAGCUGUCCACGUUUAGCCUGGAGGGAGAGCUGUCGAGCGCCAUCAACGUAACCAAGGAUGUGACCAAAGACGCCAUUAGUGCCUCACUGGACCUGACCAAAGGGGCAUUUUCAAUCACGAAGGACGCGUUCAGCAUCCUGAGUCGUGGCUCUGGGAUGAGCAAAUUGUUUAGUCCACAGUUAAAGGAACAAGUGCAGCGCUCAGAAGAACCCCCACCACCGAGUGGCGCCGGUCAUCGACACCAGUCCAUGAAACACUCAUCUUCCCAGCAUUCCUUUGACAGUGCCAUCCUGGAGGGCAGCUUACCUGAUGAGAAUCUGUCUGUGGACAGUGAUGCCAGUGACAAUUUUGUUGUUCUUAUGGACUCAG